GUGACAUUGGAUGUGUGUCGGCUUGUUUUCAUUUUGCAAUAAUUUUGUAAAUCCACCUAUACGUUUGAGCGGUUUUUACUUUUUCAAAUUUUGUGGAAUUUAUUAAUAAUAUUUUCAGCUACCAUUCAAAUUAAGACACCGAGACAGUCAAAAUAAUGGCUCAGAGAUUUCCUGGCCCGGGGCCUAACCCGCCUGCCACUGGCCCUCCGCCACAAAGGUAUCCUCAACCUCAAAAUCAAGGGAUGCGGCCCUAUACUCAACCAAAUUUUCCGCAAAGAGCAGGAUACAAUAACCCACCUGCCGCAAUGAAUACCAGUGGUGGAACAAUGAUACAGAGACCUCCGGGAGCCCCAUAUUCUCCCAUGAGAGGCCAAAUGCAAAGUCAAAGUGGAGGAAAACGCCCUGCUGAUACCAGAGGUGCUUUGCAACAAAAAAGUGAGUACAGUCAUAGCACAAGCAAGAAGAAAAAGAAGUUAGCAGAUAAAAUUCUGCCACAAAAGGUUAGGGACUUGGUGCCAGAAAGUCAAGCCUAUAUGGAUUUGCUUGCAUUUGAGAGGAAACUUGAUGCAACUAUAAUGCGAAAGCGCCUGGAUAUCCAAGAGGCAUUGAAGAGACCAAUGAAGCAAAAACGCAAGCUACGAAUUUUUAUUUCUAAUACAUUUUAUCCAGCUAAAGAAGCUUGCCCAGAUGGACCUGAUGGCCCUGGUCAAGAAGGGUCAGUGGCUUCAUGGGAGUUAAGAGUUGAAGGAAGGCUUUUAGAUGACUCAAAAAAUGAUCCUAAUAAAGUUAAAAGGAAAUUCUCAUCAUUCUUUAAAUCUCUGGUUAUUGAGCUUGACAAGGAACUUUAUGGUCCAGAUAACCACUUGGUUGAAUGGCAUAGAACUCUAACCACACAGGAAACUGAUGGUUUUCAGGUAAAAAGGCCGGGAGACAAAAAUGUCAGAUGUACCAUCCUUUUGCUUCUUGAUUAUCAACCGUUGCAAUUUAAAUUGGAUCCGAGGCUGGCUAGACUGCUUGGCGUACACACACAAACUCGUCCAGUCAUUAUAUCUGCCUUGUGGCAAUAUAUAAAAACUCAUAAACUUCAAGAUGCUCAUGAGAGGGAAUACAUCAUCUGCGACAAAUAUUUGGAGCAGAUCUUUAACACAUCUAAAAUGAAGUUUGCUGAAAUUCCUCAGAGGUUAAAUCCUCUGUUGCACCCACCAGAUCCAAUUGUGAUCAACCAUGUCAUUUCUGUGGAAGGAGGAGCGGAGAGCAAGCAGACGGCUUGUUACGACAUUGAUGUGGAGGUGGAUGACACAUUAAAAACACAAAUGAACAACUUCCUGCUCAGCACCGCCAGCCAGCAAGAGAUUCAAGGAUUGGAUUCGAAAAUUCAUGAAACGGUAGACACGAUUAACCAAUUGAAAACAAACAGAGAAUUCUUCUUGAGUUUUGCCAAAGAUCCUCAGCACUUUAUUCAUAAAUGGAUAGUGUCUCAAACUAGAGAUCUAAAGACGAUGACUGAUGUGGUUGGAAACCCAGAAGAAGAAAGAAGAUCAGACUUCUUUUACCAACCUUGGGCGCAAGAGGCUGUUUGUCGCUAUUUCUAUACGAAGGUUCAACAGAAACGGGCCGAGUUGGAGCAAGCUUUAGGUAUUCGUAAUAACUGAUUUAAGAAUAAUUUUUGUGUAACCGAUUAUUUAGAUUAGGUUUUAAACUAAAAAUAGCUCUUAAAAAUGAUCAUUGUAUAAGAUAGUUCCAACUAAAAUUUUAAACGCUAAGUAUGUAGUAUUGAUAGUGAAAUAGUGCUUUCCGUACGUUAAUUAAAGUUUUAUAGAAAAA